AUGCAAGACAACAUUCCAAUUCCUCCGAAGAAAUACGAAUGUAAGCAUCUGCACCAUAUUUCACUUUGACCAGAUUUGGAUCACACGGCCGAUGUCCAGUACGUGGGACUCGCACCGUUUAUUUUUCCUCUUUAGAUUGCACGCUUGGGGCGAUAGCUUAAAAGAAGCUUUUGAGCAGGUUAGCCUGUUCAUAAUAUUUUAUAUUAAAUAAGGUGGCCACAGCCAUGUUUGAAUAUAUGACUCAGGACUUCUCCACCGUUGAAAUGAAAAGCAAGAUGGAGAUCGAAGCAUCAGGUAAGAAAAUUUUACGACAGUUUUACGUCACUCUGCGUUUAAUCGCUCGCUUCCUAUCCAACAGUUUUUAAGCAGCAGGAUUUCCUGGGAUCUGUUAUGGUAUGAUUACCGAGUUGUCCGUCUUCCUAAUUCCCGAGUCGCUCUCAACAUGUACCCAGAUUCGUAAGUGUGCUUUUAACAAAGAACAACGGUAGGGGGUCGGUUACGUUGUCCUACUCCCUAGUGUAAGCGCAGUGGGGGCAUUGCAAGUAAAGUGAGCCAAAUAAUGAUGCUGAAAUCGUUAUUGGGAAAGUAGCCAAAGCCAAAACGGAAGAUGGCAACCUGAUGUUUCGGUUCAGACAUAGGACUAAUUUAAGGGAUUUGAUUAGUGUCAGGCUGGGAAUUGAGUUAAGGGUUAGGGUUUGUGUUAAGUUUAAGGACUCCGGUUAGAGUUAGGGCUUGGAUUGCGGUUUAGGUUUGCGUCUAGUGUUAUGGUUGGGGUUAUGGCUAGUGUUAGGGUUUUUGUUAGGGUUAAGGUUAGGAUUUGGGUCAGGGUUAAGGCUAGGCCUAAGGUUAGGGCUAGGGUUUGUGGUAGGUUUAGGGUUAGCGUUAGGUUUAUAAUUGCGUCAAGGAUUAGGUCUACUUUUGGGAGUUACAGUUAGGUUUACCGUUAAGUUUGGCGUAUUGUUGCCCCACGCCUCCUGUAAACCAGCUAUUUUGCGGGGAUUAUAGGCUUCCUUCAAUUUCGUGGCAGGUUUGUCAUAUAUCGUCUCAGCCUCGACUACUUUCCGGACUACCGAUUUCAACACCCUCCUCGGCUUUACUUUACUUGCAAUGCCCACACUUCCCCUAGACUUGGGACUAGGACAGCGUAACCGGCCAGCGAUUGUUUUGAGCAUACGAGACUAGAACGGCGUACUCGACCCAUGCCAGGACAACUACUUCAGCUGGGUUACAGUAAUGCUUAGCGACAGACAUAAAUUCACAGUUUUCCCUUAAAAGGUUUUUCUCAAGACCAUUUUCCAAAAAGUGCUCCGUUUACGAAACGCGGUGUUAGGAUCCUUGUAAGUGUACUUGGCGUAGCCGCGACCACGCCUGAUCUAGCUGACGCGGGAUUUUACCUCUCCACGCGUGACGAUCCACGGCAGCAAGGCUGGACAGGUCGACCCAUUCUCUCUUUCAGUGACAGAUAUGGGAUAGCGAGGGCCGAAGAACCACUUCCAUGUCCUGACAAACUGCGUCGAGCUAAGUUUCGACGCCGGGUCGAGUGCAGCAACAUGGAGCACAUGGGACGGAUGACGAAGAAUGUGCCCAAACCACCUCAGUCGUCUUUCGUAGAUUAUGGGCCAGAGCUCGCGCGCAGUGAUGGAGCGAUAGUAGACCUUGAUCAUGGCGAUGUUUUUUGCCGGAAUAGCAUCAAGCUUCAUUGUUCGCUGCAGGAACUCGGUGGGAUUUGAAACCACGACAGUCAAUGCUCUAGCCACCUGAGCUACGAGGCCUAACCGGAAGACGUGAGUUUAAUCAUAUUUGGGUCAAGUUACCCGCUCAGCCUACUGUAACAUAUGGAAUCCACCAGAUCCGAUAUAGUAAGCUGACUACCCCAAGCAGGAUUUCCUUAGUAAUCCAUCUCGACUCCACCAGAUGCCCACCAGGCUCCCGUACUUAGUAGGCACUUUGGCCUUCUCCUUGCUGUCGUGGGUUUGAAUCCCACCCAGAUCGCCCAGUUUUUCACAGUUGAGUCAAAAUAAAUGGUGGUUAUUUAUCACUUGCUGGCAUAACUUGCAACUAACUGCUUAUCAUCUAUGCCCUCCCCCCCCUUAGGAGACGACAUGAUGUCGCUGUUAUUCCACUUCCUGGAUGAGUGGCUUUUUGCUUUUUCUGCAGACGAUUUCUUCUUUCCGAGGGUAAUGCGCCGUUUUUAUUUCUGUUGAAGUUUUAAUCCUCCUUGUCGUUAUUUAAAUUAUUUCCUCUGGCUCACACACCUUAUUUUUGCGCACAGGUUAUAAAAAUAACCGAAUUCGACAAGGUUAAUUUUCGGAUCAAGGCCACCGGGUAGUGUUCCUCUAAAUUCUCACUUUAUUUAAUGCUUGAAUUCAGGUGGGGAGAACCCUUUCAGUUGGGCAAGCAUCCUCAGGUGGGUAUUUUUUCGAGCAUUGCCAUGGUUACCUGCCUUUCAGGGCACGGAAGUGAAGGCUAUCACUUAUUCGAAUAUGCAAAUCUAUGACGAGGAGGGCAAACACGAAGUCUUUGUGAUAAUUGACAUUUAA